UCGGGCGGGGCCGUCACGUGCGCCCGAGGGCAACGGGAGGGCGAUGACAGCAGUAGCUCCGGCUCCGAGGACCUUAGCGUGAUCAAGGUGAGCAAGUGCCGAUGGGCGGUGAUCCUGGUGUUCAGCUGCUACUCCAUGUGCAACGCUUUCCAGUGGAUCCAGUACGCCUCCAUCAAUAACAUCUUCAUGAACUUCUACGGGGUCAGUACCGUAGCCAUCGACUGGCUGUCCCUGUGCUACAUGCUGAUCUACAUCCCUCUACUCGUGCCGGGCGCCUGGCUGCUGGAGAAACUCGGCCUGCGCACCAUCGCCCUCAUGGCCGCCGGUCUCAACUGCCUGGGGGCCUGGGUGAAGUUGGGCAGCCUGAAGCCACAUCUCUUUGCAGUCACCAUGCUGGGCCAAGUCAUCUGCUCUGUGGCCCAGGUCUUCAUCCUGGGCAUGCCCUCCUACAUGGCUGCCGUCUGGUUCAGGAGUGAUGAGGUUUUAAGAGCCUCCACUAUAGCUGUCCUUGGCAAUCAGCUUGGAAAUGGACUUGGAUUCUUGGUCCCUCCUCUUUUGGUACCCAACAUUGAAGACCGGGACGAGCUUGCCUACCACAUCAGCAUCCUGUUCUACAUAACAGGAGGUGUAGCCACUCUGUGUUUCCUCCUGGUCAUCAUUGUAUUCAAGGAGAAGCCUAUCAAUCCCCCCAACAGAGCCCAGUCCCAGAACCCUGCCUUGACGUUCUCUGAUGCUUUAUCCUCUGUCAUCCGGCUCUUCAAAAACCUCAACUUUGUGCUGCUCGUCAUCUCCUAUGGUCUGAAUGUUGGUGCUUUUUAUUCCCUGUCCACUCUGCUGAAUCGCAUGGUGAUCUUACACUACCCGGGGGAAGAAGUGAACGUUGGAGGAAUCGGCCUGACCAUCAUCAUUGCAGGAAUGCUCGGGACUGUUAUCCCAGUCAUCUGGCUGGAUAAGACCAAAACCUACAAGAAGACAACCCUAGUGGUCUAUAUCAUGACUCUGGUGGGCAUGGUGGUGUACACAUUCACCUUGGAUCUGGGACACCUGUGGGUAGUGUUCAUCACCGCUGGCACAAUGGGCUUCUUUAUGACUGGCUAUAUCCCACUGGGAUUUGAGUUUGCUGUGGAGCUGACGUACCCAGAACCAGAAGCCUUGUCAGCUGGCCUCCUCAACGUGUGCCCACAGGUAUUCGGGAUCAUCUUCACCAUCUCCCAGGGCCAGAUUAUCGACAACUAUGGGACCAUGCCUGGAAACAUCUUUCUAUGUGUGUUCCUCACCCUUGGAGUAGUCCUCACUGCGUUCAUUAAGGGAGAUCUCCGGAGACUGAAAGCAAACAAAGAAACUCCUGACAAUAAGCUCCAAGGGGAGGAGGAGCCAUACCAGCAAAGCAUCCGUGACUGGUCUGAGGAGCAUUUCUGAGAGAGGAAGGUGGCGGCGACUCAGGGAACACGAACACCCCCCACUUCUGUCAGCUCAGCUCACUGCCAGCACAGACGUCUUCACUGGAGCAGCUUUUGGAGGGAAGCGGCUGGAAUGCUUGUGGCCUGGAUGGCAGGGCCUGUGCCUCCUGGAGCCCAUGCAAGAGCUCGUGUGGUCUAGUCGGGGAAAAUGGCACCCUUCACCAAGUCCGGUGUCUUAAGACCCUUCGAAGCCCAGUUCUCGGGAGCGGCCGCUCUCUGGAUGAGGGUCAUCCGUGGGGCCUCACUGACUGCUGAGUUCUCUGGGAGAGACAGCGCCAUCAGAACCACCUUCAUCGGAGCAAACCCAUCGGCACUCUGGGCCUCGAUUCUCUGGGCCUGACCUUGGGGUCUGUCUCCAAACCCUCUUUCCUGAGAGCCAACAAACCAACAUCAAUAAACUUGAGAAAAGCUUUGUUGUGACCACGAAGGAGAAAGCGGUUUGGCCAAGUUUACCGCCCAGGUGUGCGAGGCUGCUGGGCACUUUCUGAGCAUCUGUCAAGGCCCAGAUUUGGGAACUUUGGUACUUGAUUUGGGGACGGGAAGGUUCUUUCUAAAGAGAAGUCCUUGCCCAGGGACUUCCGUGUGUGUCAGUCACCUCUGGCGCCUUCAUCUGGAUGUUGGCUUGAGAAACUCGGUCAUUGGCUUAAGUGCUUGUUUUCUCUGGAGGGAGGGAAAUCCCAGCCGACUGCCCGCAAGCUUGCUGAAAAGUAAUCUUGAUUCAUUCCAGCCCAAAAGCCCAAAGCUGCUUCUGAGAUGAGAGGAAAGAGCAGAAGGAAGGAGGCCCUUGAUGUGGGUAUUUUCUGCCUGAAUUAAGUGUAUCUCACCUCUGGUGGGGACAGUAUCUGGACCCACCCCCUCGAGCAACACUCUUUAUCAGAUGCUCUCAAUUUAAAGGGAUUCCCUUUGAACCAUCUCAAGCUGACCUCCUCUUCUGCCUAGCCUGCUAUCUGGCACUACUCAUGGGCUUGGGUCGCCUUUCCUGAAAAUAAGAUAUUUUGCAUUUCUCCUGUGCGUGGCGCAGCUGUGAUCUUGACUACCACGCUGAUCUGCUGUGGCCACGGCCCUGGCCGCAGCAUGUCGGGGCAGCAUGCGCUGUCUGCCGUGCUGGGCUGCUUCGGCCGCUGCCUGAGGGGAGCCUGAGGUGUAUGUGUACAGACUCUCUGUUGGAAUAAAAGUUCAUUUCUGAUGGGGGGAGUGUUAGGGGUGGAAAGGAGGUGGAGAGAAGGUGGACCUUACUUUGCGAUAAGGAGAAAGGUCUUUCCUCUUCAGCCCCUUAAAAUGUGGUAACCAAAUGUUUACUGAGUCCAUUGCUUUAUUUUAAGAACAGUUUGUAUUUUCUAUUCAUAAUACCAGAUGUUUUAGGGCAAUAAAAGAUUCUUCACGUGG